AAAGUCUAUGGGAUUACAGAGAGAAAGAGCGUUUUUGUUCCUGAUACUUCUCAGUUUCAUGACUGUUUUGCUUGAAGAGGUUUUUGCUCGCCAGAAAGUAGAAAAAACUAUAACAUUUGUGCCUGCAUGUCCCCGGAAUGCAACGGAGUGGUUUAUAGCGGCUGAGAACAAAAACUGCAGCAAACUCAGUGAAGACUUUACAGAGGAAUUAGUUUAUCACUGUGUUCCUAAUCACUUCAACAAUAUCACUCUAGAAGUUUGUGCACCGGUGAAAUACAUUGUAUUUGGACAUUGUGUAGAAUACAGCUUCUUUGGGAAUACAAUUCAAGCAAACUAUGACACUGAUUGCCAAACAUGCCCAAUUUACUACACAUCAAACGAAGUAUACAAAUAUGAAGAAUGUUAUCAUAGAACUUCUAUAUCAACAACUCUAAGUCCACUAACUUCAUCCGCAAAAGGAAGAAACCAAAACACAAAAGAAAAUAUCACAUUACCGGAGAUUGAACAAGAAAUCACAUUACCGGAGAUUGAACAAGAAAUCACAUUACCGGAGAUUGAACAAGAAAAGGAGGGGGCUGGGGAAGAAAUCAACAAAGUGCCAUGGAUAGUUGCCUCUAUUUCAAUAAUAAUAAUAAUCACAUGUUUGAUCCUGUUUAAACGUUUUUGGCCAAGAAGAGAAAGAUUCAGAAGGAAUAUCCAGGAUCACUACACUUACUGAGUUAAAUUGCAUCGAGACACCAAAAACAAGCCAGAAGCCUGAUACAGAAUAUGAUGUGGAAAAGGG